UUCCGAAAUUGCUAUUUCAAUCGAUGCGUAUUGAAAUGAUAGCGUACAACUUGGAAAACACGUUUUAUUAUUAUUUAAAACGUAAAACUAUUUCUGUAAAGAACGUGGUCUAUUCACAUAGACGACUGUUUGGCGCGUUGACAUCUGACUCGAUGCUACCACCCUGUGCUCCCGUGGCAGGUUACACGCUGCGAGUGGCAAUCAGGAUAAUCACGAAAAGCGGGACACGCCACAACACUGAGCGCACCCCCUUGUUCGAGGCGCCGUCCAUUCGGGCCGAUAUCAUCAAUUCCGCCGCUGCCGCCGCUUAAGCAAUCGCGCGCACCUAAUUGCGGCAAAGUGUCACCCGUUCUCCUCGUUCUGUGCGAAGAAUAAAUAACUGGGCUUCCGAAAGAGGGAAGAAAGAAGUGGACGGAGGAGACGCACCACACACUCACACCACACACACAGCCCACCGCACACACACACAGCACACCCUACACAUAAAACCCGAGCGAGCGAGAGCGCAAGCGGGCUUGCUCGAGUUGCAGCAGGACGGAAUACUAAAGAGGAGCACUCGGGCAUUUGUAUCGCGAGGGGGUCCCAAGCCCUCGGGCAGAAGAACUCACUCCUCCUCCUCCACGCGGCUGCUCCGCUACCCACAAAAGUGACUUAAAGCGGCGUGCGCAUCUCACGUGGCCACGGCCACAGGCAGGAGCAGCAGACGAGAGCGCAGUACAACGAUGACACCCACGCUUGCACCACGCCUGGCCGCGCGACUGCUGCUGCUGCUGUUGCCGCUGCUGCUGCUGCUGCCGCAGGGGCCUCUAUCGAGCCUCGCGUACCCGGCAGAGCCCGGCUACCAGGCGUGGCCACCCUCCCCGUCGCCCCCGGCGGCCGGCACGCCGCAGGACUACGAGAUGGAGGACUACCGCGGCAAGGGCUGCCUGGACGAGACGGGCUUCGUGUACGGACUCGGCGAGGAGUUCUGGCCGGGGCGCUCGCCGUGCCCGUGCCGCUGCACGCCCGACGGCCCCGUGUGCCCCAAGCCCGAGUGUCCGCGAUUCGCCGAGGCGCGCUGCGCCCGCGUGGAGCGCAGCGGCUGCUGCCCGCAGUGCGCGGAGACCCGCAGCGAGUGCGAACACCAGGGACGCGCCUACGCGAUCCUGCAGGAGUUCACGCCGUCCCCGUGCGAGCGUUGCCGCUGCGAGUCCAACGGGGAAGUGGCGUGCGUGGUGGCCGAGUGCUCCGACCCGGAGUGCGUGAACCCCCUGUACGAGCCCGAGCAGUGCUGCCCCAUCUGCAAAAAUGGUGGGAACUGCUACGCCGGCACGCGCAUCAUCCCAGCCGGCCGCGAGGUGAAGGUCGACUCGUGCACCGUGUGCAUAUGUCCGAGUCCUGGCGGAGGGGGCCACUCGGACCGCCAAGCCACGUGUGUCAAGCGCGAGUGUCAACGCAGCUAGCCCUGGCUGGCUGCCCGUUGCCAACAGUAGAUGCUGCAAAGAAUAACAUCCCCCAUGCUUUGCAUUUGCAUUGAAAUUUAAUGGAAUAUUUCUGUUUCGGUGGGUGGGGGGUGAUUUGUGUGCAAUUCAGUGGCCUCCAGGGGCCAAUACUUUAGGGAUACUAAUGAGGUGCAUUUUAAGCGGCAAAACUUUAAUGGGAGCGAUUUCUCUCCAUCGCCAAUAAAAGUGGAAUAAUUUUGGAUGUUUUCAUGAUUAUAACAUCCCAAAAUAUACACUUCUCGAAAACACAACGAGAUCUUGUCACCUCAGGUGGUAUUGACAAGUUUAAUAUCUGUUUCAGGUCUAUCGAGCAUAUGUGGAUUUUGAGUGUUCACCUUGUACGUUUAUACUUUUCCCUGCAGGACUAAUUUCCUUCCAAGUGCUAAAAUGCUGACCACGGGAAUUGGCAGAAUAUCAUUUUCAAUUCUUGCGAAAUUGCCUCCAAGAUUCAGUUCGGCUUUUCAGAUAAACAUACAAUUUAAAUGAAGGCAUUUACCGCUUUAAUUCAAUUGUUUUUAAGUUCUGCAAUGUUUUACCCAUUAAAAACUAGUUUAAGUACCCAAUUAAAAUAAUUGAAAGUCUGGCAAGCUAGCACCAUUUGAGACGAGGCUAAAAAAAAAGCUGUCUCUGGUGUGGACCAAUCAGUUUCAAGGACAAUGCAUAUAUUAUCAGUUUGUUUUCUGUUUGCAUUUUGACCACAAGUAUUGUCGUUAAUGCAGACAUGAUUCCUUGUAAAAAGGUUUCAGUUUUGUUGCCAGAAAAAAGGGGAAAACCCCUAUUCUUAGCUAAAAUUAUGAAAUAAUGAUAAUACUGAAUAUAUAAAAUUUCAACUUAAAUCCAUUUGUCAAUCCACUGCUGGAUGGAGGCCUCCUUACUCCGUGUCAUCCAUUGGGACUGUUUGACCACCAUACUUCACCAUGGCAGUCACUGCAGGUAGGUGAAGAGAAUGAGCCCUAGGACUGUAAUUCACAGCACAGGUCUCGAUAUGCAACCUCCAAGACCCACAUGAUGAUCCAGAGAUAGAUACCCAAUGGAUUUGUAAUGACACUAGUUUCAACAAGGAACUGGAUGUUGUGACAACAGCGUCUCCAUAUCUUAGAGAGGCGAGUAUUGUAAUACUUGUAUGGAGAUUGGUGGGAGACGUGGAGAGGAUUUGAAUUUCAAUGUUUUUGUUCCUAACUUUCUUCUUGAACCGAUCACCCUGUCGUAUAAGAUGUAUGUGUGCUCUUAAGCAGUAAUGCAUUUUAAAGAUAACAUGCAGUUAGUUCAAACCCUCUAAGUAAAUCAUUUACGGUGCCAAAACAAUUAUGGAAAAGGUAUUAAAGGAAAGACAAACUGCAAAAUAAUAUUCUAUUUUAAAGAACAAAUUGAGACCUUCAAAACAGCAAUCAAACGUGUUUUAAUUUCAAAACAAAAUCUUGUUACUGACUAAAAUAUCGGCCAUGAGGUUGCAUAAAUGCAUCUGUUUUUAACUUUAUAUGAAGGCAAAAGAGGAAUUGGAAUUUCAUGGCUCCAAAAGGAGAAUGUUUCACGACUGUGGAACGACGGAAGAGAAGCAUUUGUCCCAGAUGUCACGUGGUGUGUGCUGAUGGGGCACAGCACUCAGCGGCUUGCUCAUGCCGAGCCUGCCAACAGCGAAGGUCAGGAGUAGACUUUGUCUUUCAUGACAUAACGUGAGGCAUGUACAAAUCAGCUGUACUCUAUUACUGCGCUUAAAAUGUGAUUUAAAAUGGGGCCUUUGUGUAAAACAAAGAUUCAUUGAUUUUUAUUUCCCUUUUGUGCUGAUAUUCCUCGUUAUCACAGCAAAUUGAAUUGAUUUUAUGCGUUCAGUGUCAGCGUUUUCUGAGCCUUGUUUUAUGGAUUUGUGGGGUUGGAAAUACCGCGAUGCCGCGAUGGAACACGUGUUUAUUGUGAUACUUUAACAACACAAAUGCCCUGCAUGAUGAUACGGCAUAUUUGGAAUUACAUCGGUGGAUUUACACUCACACGGAACAUAACGUACCAUCGAUCCACACCAUAGAAGACCAAACUCAGACACUGCACGUGCCCAUGUGUGCUCAUGAUUUCUAAAGGAUUGAAUGUGAUUGCGUGUACAUGAAGCCCCAUAACUGUGCAGAAUGCGUAACGUAGCAAACUAACCUGCCAUACACCAUAAACUCAGAUGGCUAAUUUAAAUUUAGUACACCAAGCCGUGUUCCAUCUUUGAGGAAUAUUCACGCCCUCUUGGCUUUUCAUAUUUUCCAAACAGUUGUAGUUAAUAAUUAAACACGCUCAACAUGUGGUGGAUGUGUGCCGCACCAUUGCUGGUGUUUGUCCGAUAUAACUGCAUUUGUUACACACAAACCUUCCUAAUGCACAUUUCGCAAAUUUACAUUUGAAGUUAGGUGAGACGUGAAAGUGCUAGUAUUUUAUAUUUCCUGUUGAACAGUAUUUUACAGGUCUACUGGCAUGUCAAAUUAUGAGUACAUGUGGUGUUUGCACCAUUGUUGUCGCGCAAGGCCCUCACACAAACCACAUUCUGCCGUAGCUUCACAGGAAGGAGCAAUGGUUGGCACGUGGCUUUAGGCAAUUUUUUUGGGGGGGCAAAUUUGGACCAUGACGCGGGGUCCCACUCUUUUUCGAGCAUCGUGGAAUCCUGAACGUCCUCCACUGCGGCAUGCAUCACUGACAGUGACGUGUUCAUCUCAAUUAAAGGAAUUUUCUCAAACCAAA